AUGGAAAGCUUUGACAGGGCCCCUUCACUUGCCAGAGACACAUAUUCUCAUGAUCACACUUACCAAGUAAGAUGAAUGAAUUUUUUUGCUUUCGAACGUUAAAAUUUUGGAAUUAUUACUAACAUUAAUCUUGCUUUUGUCAACAUUUUCUGGUUAUUUUUCACUCAUCCUAAUGAUUUUGUUUUAAGUUAAAUUAUGUUAAAACAUAAUUUGUGUAUUUAAACAGCUAGGUCCCCUUCAAAGUAGAGCUAUUUGUGAAUCUUAGGUUAUUAUAUUCUUGGAGAAAUGACAAGUGCAUUAUUUGCUGUAAGUUGCUGUAAGUAGCUGUAAACAUCAUAUUUUUCCAUUUGUAUCUGUUAUUUAAGUGAAGACUAUCUGAAAUGAUUGUAGCAUUUCCACAGUCCACUUACUUGUUGUUCUUGCUGUUUUUCUAUCUCAGGAGGAACAUCAUGACUUGUUGCCUUUGAAUGGGAAUAAUUUUACAAUUUUUGUAUGUGGAAAUAAACAGCAUGGAGUAGUUGGCCUCCAAGUUGCACUUAUCACUUGCUUUAUCUGUGAUCACCAGCGUCACAACUGUGGACAUGUAACAAAAGUAGCAGAAUCUGAGGAAAUAAUGGGACACAAAAUGCAUGAUUUUCUGGUCGAUUUUUUUGCUGAGAGAAAUUUUCAAGAGUCUACUGAAUCAGUUGCAGCAGCCACCACUCAUAAAGAGUGGAAAAUAAGAUCAGUAUCUUGUAAAAAAAAUACUAUUCCAUCUAUCAACAACACAAAAAAAGUAUUCUCUCUGGAAGAUGUUCUUUGUGGCAAAAUGUCAACUACUGAUUUGGUGCUGCUUACUUCCAACUUGUCUCCCUCCUGCCCAAAGUGUUCAUUGCAGUGCAUUAGUCAGACUACACAAGCUUUGUGCUUUUUCAAAAAGCAGACAUGA